UAUCAGCCCAUUACAAGUGCCGCGCUACUCUCAGAUCAAACCGCCAAUAUGAUUCCUCGCCCAACGCGCGACACUUCUUCUCAGCGGGGGGAUGAAGCGGCACGAUCCCGCGCAAAAGACGCGCUCCUGCUUGCGCAGAUUGCGCAACGGAAGGACUAUGAUCAGAAACGAACCCUUGAUGAGUUCGAAGUCGGGCCGAGGAAAGAAGCUACUGAUGAAGUACGACGGCCCCUUCGAGAUCAUCCGCAAGCUCAGUCCUAUUUCGUAUCAAUUGCGCUUACCGGACUCGAAGUCGCCCUCCGAGUUUGGCGAGCGCCCAAAGAAACCGCUCAAUCGACGCGACUUUGAUCUCGCCGAGACGGUCGAAGUCGAAAGGAUUAUUGAUGAGAAAUGGGGCCGAAAGCGCAAAGGUCGCCGCCACCGUAUCUACAAGAGCUCGCCAACGCACCCCGAAUCUUGCAGGAAUGGCAAAUGCGCGGCGCUCGGGAGCUAGCGCAGCGAGCAUACUCUGCGGAUUAAAUCGAUAUUAAAUCGCAGAGGGCCGCCUUCCUCAUCGAGGUAGCUUCCUCGCGCGCUCAUGCGGCCGCCAUGGCCGCCCUUCACUCCGGUUACCAU